AUGGGCUCUAAACGGCAAAUAGAUGAAACUUUGUCCUGUGGCUACUAUUUGUAUUGCCCAGUGUUUGAAUGUUCGGGUUUAUUAGUUGCAGCUCAAGAUGCUACAGAAGAUGAAGAAGCUGUGGAAGAUACUGUAGUUGAAGAUGAAGAUGAUGAAGCUGAAGUUGAAGAAGAUGAGCCAACAGACUUGACAGAAGAAAAAGAGGAAGAAGACUUGUCAGGAGAACCUAAAGCCUCACCUAGUGCUGAUACAACCAUCUUAUUUGUGAAAGGUGAAGACUUUCCAGCAAACAACAUUGUAAAAUUUCUGGUGGGCUUCACCAAUAAGGGUGCAGAGGAUUUCAUUGUUGAGUCUCUUGAUGCUUCUUUCCGGUAUCCUCAAGACUAUCAGUUUUAUAUCCAGAACUUCACAGCUCUCCCUCUAAAUACAGUGGUUCCACCACAGAGACAAGCCACGUUUGAGUACUCUUUCAUCCCUGCUGAGCCUAUGGGUGGUCGCCCUUUUGGACUAGUUAUCAAUCUCAACUACAGAGAUGUAAAUGGCAAUGUGUUUCAAGAUGCUGUCUUCAAUCAAACUGUUACAAUUAUUGAAAAAGAAGAUGGGCUGGAUGGAGAAACGAUCUUCAUGUACAUGUUCCUUGCUGGACUGGGUCUACUUGUCAUUGUUGGCCUACAUCAGUUACUAGAAUCUAGGAAGAGGAAAAGACCAGUACAGAAAGUAGAGAUGGGAACAUCAAAUCAGAACGAUGUUGAUAUGAGCUGGAUUCCCCAAGAAACUUUAAAUCAAAUAAUGCAGAGUAGAAGAGAUAAAGCUUCACCGAGGAGGUUGCCCUACAAGAGGGCACAGAAGAGAUCAGUGGGCUCUGAUGAGUAAAUGUUAACUAGUACAACAGUUGAACCUUUACUAAUCCUGCCUGUUUGAGUUUUUUGGAUUGGAGUAGUGCAGAGAAUCCAUAUCACCAUAAGGAAAAUACUGCUAAACAUUUGGACUGAACAGAUUAACUGAGUGGUGUUGAUAUUACUGCAAAUGCACUUCUCUUUUUUUUUUUUUUUAUUUGUUAAUUGUUGGGGGGUGGGAGGGGAAGGUAGCCAUUAAGAUUUGUGCCUGCGUGUGUAAGCAGUUCGUCUUAACAGAACUAUGUUACCUGAAAUGUGCCUUUAGAGUUCUUUGUAAUGCUGGCUUGUCAUCUGUAUGCUGUCUUUGAAGGAUUUUUCUCUUCCCCCGAAUCUGAAUGUCUAAGUGAUUUAAUCCAUCUUGAUUGUAUGUCUGUAUCAGAAUCUGUAUGCAUUUUUAUUUUUCAGUAAGUAACUUUAUUCUCUACAGCAUGCACACAGUCAAGUGUGUGUGUGGUCCUAUUUCAGUGGCAAGGCACUGAUUAUCUAGAUUGCUGCAUAGUUUGCAUUCUAAAGGCACAAUUGGGUAUAGCUGCUCAUAGUGGUAGAUAUUUUGCUGCUGUUUUGCUCCGGGCAUGCAGUGACCUAAAAAUCUGAACUUAACCUCUAUAGAUGUUAGGAAGACUCUUACACAGCAGCAGAACUUGUGAAGCAUGGAAUUUGUGUGCUGAAUUGGUAUUACUACAUAAAUUUUUUUUUUUAUACCCAACUUGUUAAAUGGUUAGUUAUUGAGUUGUGCCAGCAGCUUAGGUAUUCUGAUUAUAGUGGUAGCUCUGCAAUGUUUACUCAAGAAAUUACUGAAUAAGACAGAACAACUUUCAGUAAGUUCUUGGUUCUCCCAAAAACUAGAAUGUCAUAUGUAUCAAAAUAUGGACUUUUCUUAAAGCUUUACAUGGGGCAAGGACUUUGCAUUUACUGUACACACUUGAAACUGAAUUUGAAAAAAAAAAUGUUGGCUUCAAAUAAUCUUUUUAAAUGGCAAACUAUUUAAUUUCAUCCUUUGCAGUUUUUAAAUGUCAAACUUCUUUUCACUGGUCAGUACAUUGGUCAGUUAUUUUUUUAAUCACUUUGUCUUUUCUACUAGUAACAUGGAUGCAUAUUUAUUAACUACAUGUUAGUUCAGUACUAAAGCAGAAGUAUAUGCAAUCAAAAUGGGAUUUUCUUUUGUGGCAGGCACAGUUUACAUGAUUACCAGGUACUGAGGUACUGAUCCAUAUCCACUGCAUUCAGGAAUUUAACUGACAGUAAAAAGAUAAUGCAGAGUGUCAGUUUUGCACUUGGACAAGGCUUGGAUUGUUUGCAUCUCUUCCUGUCUCUGAAGGUUAUCUGGAAGCUUGUUGAGUUCAGGAAGGGACAUUGACUUGAGACCUCUGUUUUCUUUUUCUCCUCUUCCUGAUCCCUACAUGUGGAGGUGCUCUUCUAGAUCUACAGUUGCUCUGCAGGGACUGAGCUUCUGAGCCAAUGAAUGCUGAGCAAUACUUGCACAUCAAGUCAUAGUGUGUUUGAAGCAUCUAAACUCUGAGACUACCUGUACUGGCACUAUUUUACUCUACACUUUGCCAGAAUGAACUGUGAAAGUGUUCUUGAUUCAUUUUGCUAGGGAAAAGAUAAGAAUGGGAGAAGCAACCUCAAAGAUGCUUUGUUCAACUUCUCUUUAAUACAGCUAGCCCAUGCAGAAUAUUUUUAAUAGUUAAGAUUGUGGAAUCAUCAUACAAAUUACUUGGCAAAUAGUUGAAAGCUACUUCUGUAAGAGGUAUCUCCACUCAAAUUGUGUGGAAUAACUUUGUGUAUAGUGAUGUAAUCUGGCUGGUUCUGCAGUAGGUUUAUGGGUUUAUAUUCAAGCUUGCAUUAAUUCACUGAUUUUUAUAUAUUAAAUGCUUUGUAUGCUAAAACCUUAUAGCUAUUGCAGCACCUGAUGUACCGAACUUACAAGUUCCCUCUUGAAUUAUGUCUCUAACCUGAAAUCAAGAUUAUUUUUUUCAUUUUCUGGUAAUAAGUAAUCUUAAAAUGUAUACUCCAAUUCUCCCCAAGAUAGGAAGGUACUCUUCUGAGGGGGCGAUGAUGAGAUCUGCUCUAGAUACAGUGGUACACUAGGAAAAAAAGACAGGAUCAGAACAGAGGAUACUAAUGUGUAAUAUCCUAGUUUUAUUUGUUCAGAUAAAUAGUUUAGCCCUUACUGAUUGACUUUUGGAACAAAUUAGGCCUUCAGAAAUCUCACACUGACCAGGACUUAAGAAAACAAAGGGCUGAAGGACUGUACAAGUAAGAAAUACUUAUUUGAAGGUUUCAGCUUUCUUCUCUGUACAUGGUGGUUAACAUCCAAAUGCUUAAGUUCCAAGCAUCAAAGAAGAGAGUAGACAGUUCAGCAACCUACACAGGAACUAGCAAUGUGAAAGUCCAGUUGUAACAAGACUGACUUUCUGAUCAUAGUGUGGCAUUCACUGUGGAUGGUUCCUAGUAAUUUCCAGAAGCAUAAGUAUGAACAGUGGCCAGCAGUCCCCUACUGCUCAUGAUAAAUGAAGUAACAGUUUUGAAUUCCUUGUUAGUUUGCUGUAGCUGAAAUUUAGCAAUAACAUUCUAGUGUGUAGUGAUGAUUGAACUUUGUAUCUCUUACAUUAUUUCUAGUGAAUAGGCCAGUCUACUACACUUAGAUUUCUUCAAAUGGGAGAAUGUAGUUGUUGAUUUAUCUUGUUUAACAACUUUUAUUUUGAUACUUGAAUUUUCUACUCAAUUUUUAGACAGCUUGGUGUCAGAGGUAUGUUACUGGUACCAUUACUACCAUCAGCUGAGUAGGGUAUAGUUUCAUUAAUUUUAAGAUGGAACAAGUUUGUCCGUGGCACCCCUUUCUGUGUGGCAGCACAAGCAUUUGUAUAAUUCUUACCAGUCUAGUUUUCAGUAUGCUUACUACACUACCACAAAACUACUCGUGAGGUUAUGAGAAGCAAGGGCUCUGAAAGAUACGGGCUAGGGAUUUUUCCUUCUUAGUAAGAGAUACUAAAAUGGUUUUAGACUGCAAAUAAACUAUGGCCUUAGUGCAAAGGACCACUAAUAAUUCUUUUCUCACAGCUCCUUAACUUGUUCAAAAAAUUGUGAAGGCUUAAUGAGUCUAUACUUGGGGUGAGAAAAACUGCUUUAGAGGGCAUUUCUGCAGUGGUAGCAAAGCAUUAAUUUAGCUGUACUUGAUCUGCAUUUGACACCUGUGAGCCUCUGUAUGCUGUCUGGUUUGUGACAGCAGUUCAUAUUUUUUUUUUCCCCAAUAUCAUUUAAUCAGAGUGAGUGGCUGUCAGACUAAAGGAUAAGAUAUCAUCUUUAUUCUUCAUGUACAAAAUAAUAAAUUGUUGGCAGUGGAGAUGAAUGGAGCAGACUAGUGACAGCAAUGUUUCUGUUUGUUUCAAAACAGUUAUGCUGAACAUCUUUACCUUGGAAUGGUUGUAAUCAAAAGCAUAAUUCACUGUUUAUUUCUGGAAUGCACAGUACUGAACAGAAUGUUGCCAUUGAAAGCUCUGCAUUCAGGGAAGCAGAAGAAAAAUCAAAUAGUAAUGUAGGCUGGUUGAUCUGUUUGUCAGUGUGCCUGAUGUACUGAGCAGCAGUUGAGUCUGUUCCCUUUUUUUUUUUUUUUUUUUUUCCCCCCCUCCAAAGGAAGGACAGUACCUACCUCACAGGAGUGACACAAGGGCUUUUUCAGGAGCGUUUUGAAUUACUUGAGACUUGCACAGUACACUUCUAUGAAGAUAGUAAGACAUAGCACGAGUGUAACUUGACAGUAACUAUGUAGAUUCGUGUUGCAUCAGUUUUAAUACCCUCACUGAGCAGAAUUUAGCAGCUUUACACUUAAGACUUCUCUUAAAUACACAAGAAUUGCAAUUAACUUAAAGGAGAGUAAAGCCAGAAAGAUCUUUCAGUUUCUGUAGGUGCUUAUAGUUGGGCUAGAUAACAUUCUUCUGACAUUUUUCCAUUUCUCUAAAUUUUCCCAGGUAUUUUUUUUUUAAAUCACAUGAUAUAGAUGAUUGUGUAGAUAUAAUCAACAGUCAGUUUCAGUGACUGUUUUGGAUGAUUAAGUUCAGAUGAUGUACUGCAAAUGAAAUGUUAAAUUAACAUUUACUUUCUUACCUGCUGACUUUCAUUUAUAAGUGAGAUCAGAUCUCUUGAAAACAGCUGCAGGUUUUUUGUAAAGUAAACUUGAUUUUUUUUUUCCUUAGCAUUGUGUAGCUUUUUUUUUAAAAAAAAUAAAGCAUAAAUAUGGCACCAAAAGGCCUAAGUGGUAUGCUGGUGCUGUUUUUCUUGAUAAGCAACCUGUAGUAGCAAAUAUGCUCAGAGUGAAAACAUUCUUCUGUUAAAAAGCAGCUUUUCUACAAGUGUAUUUGGAGUGGUAAUAAUAGCAAGGAAGUGUUCUGUGAUAUUUUUGACAAUGGACUAAUAUUAAGACUACAUUCUUUAUAAGAAUAAGGGAGGGCCCUGGGAAAAUGUUCACUAGAUUCUUGAAUCCUGAUCUGUUAGAACUGAGCCAAUCCCCUACAUUUCCAGAAAGAAUAACCUGUUGUUAAACUGUAGGCAGCAUCAAAAGAUCUGUUAAGAUGCCUAGAGGCUGCUGGAGACCAAAGUUAAAACAAGGCCAAACCCAUAUAGCUUUAAAGUGUAUGCCAUUGUCUGACCAAGCCAACGGUAAUAUUCAGGUAGCAAUACUGAAGGUGUACUGCCUCCAAACAGAAGGAUAGAAACAAACAAACAAAACCCAAA